ACAUGUUUCUAAUCACCUGCGCAAUGUUUUGUUUUCUCUUAGGAUGACUCAUCAGUUCCCAUCGCUGUCUCCUGAGCAAAAGAAGGAGCUCUCUGACAUUGCUCAGAGGAUUGUGGCUCCAGGAAAGGGAAUCCUGGCUGCAGAUGAAUCGACAGGAACCAUGGCAAAGCGUCUCCAGAACAUCAAUGUGGAGAACACAGAGGAGAACCGUCGCUUCUUCCGUGACCUCCUGUUCUCCUCUGACCCGUCCAUCGCCAACAGUGUGGGCGGCGUCAUCUUCUUCCACGAGACACUAUACCAGAAAUCGGACAGUGGCAAGCUCUUCCCCCAGGUCAUCAAGGAUAAGGGUAUUGUCGUCGGCAUCAAGGUGGACAAAGGCACAGCUAGUCUUAAUGGAACAGAUGGAGAGACGACCACACAAGGUCUUGAUGGCCUCUCAGAGCGCUGUGCUCAGUACAAGAAGGAUGGUUGUGACUUUGCCAAGUGGAGGUCCGUGCUGAAGAUCUCAGACGGCUGCCCCUCUGCUCUCAGCAUUGCAGAAAAUGCCAAUGUCCUCGCCAGAUAUGCCAGUAUCUGCCAACAGAAUGGCCUGGUGCCCAUUGUGGAGCCAGAGAUCCUCCCUGACGGCGCCCAUGACCUGCUGCGCUGCCAGUACGUCACAGAAAAGGUUCUGGCUGCUGUGUACAAGGCUCUCUCUGAUCACCAUGUGUACCUGGAGGGCACUCUGCUCAAGCCUAACAUGGUCACCGCUGGACACUCCUGCACUAAGAAGUACACCCCUCAGGAGGUUGCCAUGGCAACAGUGACCGCCCUGAGACGCACUGUCCCAGCUGCUGUUCCCGGAGUCUGCUUUCUGUCCGGAGGUCAGAGCGAGGAGGAGGCCUCCCUCAACCUGAAUGCCAUCAACCAGGUGCCCCUCCAUCGCCCUUGGAAGCUGACCUUCUCUUAUGGCCGUGCACUUCAGGCCUCCACUCUCGCAGCCUGGCAGGGCAAAGCUGCCAACAAAGCAGCUGCACAGGAAACUUUCUGCAACAGGGCCAAGAUCAAUGGCCUGGCCUCCAAAGGAGAGUACAAGCCCACAGACUCAGCUGGCCAGGCCUCCAUGCAGUCCCUGUACACUGCUAGCUAUGUCUAUUAAAUCAUAGGAACCUUUACAAAAUGCACACGGACCAAAUGUGACUUAAAGAAAUGCCUCCGCUGGAAUGCCCUCUUCCCUAGACUGCCAACACCAGAGGAAGACUGGUAUUGCAAUGUUGAACUACUGUUUGUCUACUCUGUCAAAUGACUGGAAAUAAAUUAAGUGACCAAAGUA